ACAGAUCGAGGGUUAUCGUCUGUCGCACUCGCACCAGGGGGGGGGAACCCUUCAACGCCCUCUGGGUCCGUCUUCUAACCUGUACCUUGCUUUCUUCUGUCACUGCCGCCCCUGCCAUGGCAAACGAAGACAAAAGUCUCCUUGAUAGGCUGAACGCCCUUAAGGGUGGUGAUGCUGGUAUAUCACUCGACCGCUCAUCAAACGCCCUCAAUCUCCCACUUGGCAUAGAGCGUGCCAAGCCGCCGUCUAGGGAAGAUGCCCUAGCUGCAAGGCUGAAGUCCCUCAGGAAUACCCCUGACGGGGAAGGCUCAUCGUCUCCUCGGCCGGCCAACUUUGAUCUCCGGUCAGCAUCCAUGCUAUCACAGCCAGCACCUUCAAGUCUGCCUAGCAAGCGUACUGGCUUCUCGCCCUCACCGAAGCCCACCUCACUCGAUCAGGUAUCAGCGCACACUUGCACACUGAACCCAGAAGAUGAUGUCGGCGAGGAUCCUUUGCUGCAGACGGACGAUCAGACCCUAGAGGACCUCCUUCGAGAUGAGGACGUCACCUGUCAUGCGCCAAUCUGGGGUAAUGAUCCCACCCCUGAACCUGGCCGCGUGGAAGCUCUCCUGCAAGAACUGUCCCAAGACAUCCCUCGGUCUUCACCAGGGGAGGGAGUAAAAGAAACCACCACUGCGAGUCCGGAUACUACAGAGAGAAAACACGAAGACGACGACGAUGCCGGCUCAGAUGGCUCGGAUGAUUCGGAAGGGCAGAAGAUGUCACUCGACGUUGACAUGCUAAUGUCCCAAGCUCUUGAUCAAGCGAAACUCGAAGCCAGGCUGAACCCAGACCCGGAUGGCUUGGAUUCUGCUGCCAAGGAGAAAGACCCCAGCUCAGCUGACGAGCCUCCUCCCACUGAGCAACGAGUCGGGGUGGACCUCUCCCUCCCCUUUGUGCCCUCCGCCAUAAAAUCGGCGACCUUGCACGAAGAAUCCGACGACCUCGCCGCAUCUCUCUCUCUCCCAUCUGUACCAACCACAAAGACCACUACCGGCCCGAAAUCGUCUUCCUCCGCCAACCUAGAAACCGACCUCGCCGCCCGCAUGGCCGCCCUCCGCCUCCCAAGCAACAGCCCGAAAACCAACACCGAAAACGACGGUGACCACGACGAUGAGAGCGGCGGUCUCGGCCUUGGCCUCCCCUCUGUCCCGACUGCCAAACCCACCGACAAGACCGUGGAACGCCUGACCACCAAGACGGGCUACACAGACGACGACGCCGACACGUGGUGCACCGUCUGUUUAGAGGAUGCUACCCUCCGUUGCCUGGGCUGCGACGACGACGUCUACUGCACGCGCUGCUGGCGUGAGAUGCACGUCGGCCCCUUCGCUGCCUUUGACGACCGCACUCACAAGGCCGUCUUGUUCAACAAGGACCGGAAGAAAAAGGAGCCGAAGAAGAGGGUGGCCCUGGGCGCCUGAUGUCCCGGAUUCCCUUUGCCCCCUUCGCCCUUCUGCUUCUUCUUUUUAUUUUUAUUUUUUUAUGACUUCUACGGACUACUUUAUUGCACGAGAGUGAUAUCAUGAUGUAUGACAAUUGAAUUAUGCUGUUCAUGUGUUCCUCAUGGUCAAUACGAAACAGACCGCGACUCCGACGCUCUGCCUAUACGAACAGAAAUGCCAUC